AUGUCUUUUCGACCUCCCCCUCAAGUAGGUAACAAAGAUAAAGUUAUUGACUGGCUUCGAGAAUUUGAGAAAGAAUAUGGCUACGCAAAUGUUGCAGAGAAAUGGACAAAGGGCAAUAUUAAAGCACUUUGGAACCUGGAGAAGGAGGAGCUUAAGAAAAAGCUUGGUAGUGAAGAAGGGAGCCUCGUAUAUGAGGCAAUCCACGGCGAAGGUAGACCCGCUAAGAAACAAAAAUUAGGAAAUCCACUGUUUACAAAUAUAUUAGAAGUGGUCCUUAAUCUUAGGAAAACACCCCCGGAAAGUUUACAAGAUAACAUUGAAAGAAUGUUGGAGGAACAAAAAAGAGAGCAGGAAGAGUUAACUUCAAUUGAUACAAAUAUAAUACGGCACGCCGGCAGAAAACCGCUUGCAGUAAUUAAGGAACAUGUGCUAUAUGUACGGGAAUCUUACAGGGAUCUAUAUCACAUAGUUACUAAUGAGAAUUGUGACCCCAAGUUCCUCAUAUCUGGCACGUCAGGUGUCGGCAAAUCGUGUUUCUUGAUUUAUUUAUUAAUCCGGCUCUUGUGCAAUAAAACCGAUGCCACGGUCAUCUUUCAGCCAGUUGGAGGCAGUAGCAGUUUAUUAUACUGUUUCAAGGAUUCUAAUCUGUUUGUUGGAGACUUUGAAGAAUUUUCGGAGCAUCUCUAUAACUCCAAAACAUGGUACUUGGUAGAUGGUUCAGUUCCCGAGGAUGUCAUAGCAAAAACAGUUGUUUCUGCAUCAUCAAAAAGUAUCAAAUACAGAAGAUUUCAAGAGUUUAUUAAAAAUCUUGUAAAUAAAUUUUGCAUGCCACCAUGGUCAAUAGAAGAGUUGGAAGCCUGCCGAUUAAGCAUCUUCCCAGUGGUACCACUAGAUUUGAUGCUUGACCUCAGUGAUGAAGCGGGUGGUGUGCCAAGAUAUGUUCUUCAGAUACCAGCAUCUAUUAUUCGUCAGGAAAAUCCCAAUUUCGAGGAUCAACCAGUCGUUCUCAAUAAUCAGGGUGUGAUUAAGAAAAGGUCUUUAGAACGUGUAGAAGAAGCCCUUUCAGAAAUUAGUGAUUUCAGAAAGCUUAUACAGUGCUUCUCUGAAAAUGCACAAUAUGUUGAAUUUAGCAGUCAUCUUAUUCAUCAGUGGCCAGACACUUUCUACCGAGAACAAUCCCUCUCAUGGGCCUCUGGUCGUAUUUUUGAUAAAAUCCAGAAAAAACUGGAGGAUAGUAGAUGGAGCAAUCUAUUUCUAAAAAUUCAAGAUCCUGAUGACCCUUCCAGCUCUAGGGGGAUUAUGUUUGAGUCGCACGUACUCCAUCUCUUCAAGCUCGGUGGUCAAAAGUUUGAAUCAAGGAGACUUGGAGAAAACGAGAAUGAUCCAGUCAUUUACGAUAAAUUAACUAUAGCAACAAAACCAACUACAAAGUAUAUCCGAUAUGCAAACCAGCUCACAGGGUAUAAUGAGAAAGACAUAAUUAUCAAACCAACCAUAAGAAAUUUCAGUGCGGUAGAUCUAAUUCUUACGCCGAACUGUAUCUUUCAAAUCACUGUGUCUCCAAAACACCCUGUGAAGCAAAGUGAACUGAUCAACAUAGUUCAAAAUAUGCUGGCAUAUAGGAAGAAUCCGAAUGCAAAAAUCCUUUUAUAUUUUAUUGUGCCGGAUGACAUAUACGAUACCUUCAGAUACCAACGUUACGUAACACCCAAGAAAAAAAUUGGAAAUGAUCUUGAGGCCUUUCAGGCAGUUAAACGUAAGUCCCCUAUCCUCCGUAAUGUAGAACAAUGGGUCGUAAAAAUUAAAAUGGCACCUGAAAUGACUGUAACGUCUGUGCUGAACAACGCGAUGGCAGUGGCAAAUUCCUGUUUAUAA